GCGAGCGGGAGCGAGAGCGGCGCAGGGAGGAGGGGGGCGGAGCAGGUGACGGGGCCUGGCGUUGAAGGCCUGGCGGAGGAGGCGGCGGCGGCGGCGGCGAGCUCGGUCGUGAGGGACAAGAAUGAGUUAUGCCGAAAAACCCGAUGAAAUCACAAAAGACGAGUGGAUGGAAAAACUUAAUAAUUUGCACAUCCAGAGAGCUGACAUGAACCGCUUGAUCAUGAACUACCUUGUUACAGAAGGCUUCAAAGAGGCAGCAGAAAAGUUUCGGAUGGAGUCUGGAAUUGAGCCCAGUGUUGAUUUAGAGACCCUGGAUGAAAGAAUAAAAAUUCGAGAGAUGAUCCUCAAAGGCCAGAUUCAGGAAGCUAUUGCACUGAUCAACAGCCUUCACCCAGAAUUGUUAGAUACAAACCGGUACCUUUACUUCCACCUACAGCAACAGCAUUUAAUUGAGUUGAUUCGGCAGCGUGAAACAGAAGCUGCGCUGGAGUUUGCUCAGACGCAGCUAGCGGAACAAGGCGAGGAGAGCCGGGAAUGCCUGACUGAGAUGGAGCGCACUCUUGCCCUGCUUGCUUUCGAUAACCCAGAAGAAUCACCUUUUGGAGACUUGCUCAACAUGAUGCAGAGACAGAAAGUUUGGAGCGAAGUUAACCAAGCUGUUCUAGACUAUGAAAAUCGUGAGUCGACACCCAAGCUGGCUAAAUUACUGAAAUUACUACUGUGGGCUCAGAACGAGCUGGACCAGAAGAAAGUAAAAUAUCCCAAAAUGACAGACCUCAGCAAGGGGACAAUUGAGGAACCCAAGUAAAAUGUGCAGGUGGACAUUUAACACUCGGAACUGCACAGUUAUAUACAUUUUUAAUCAGUCUGUGACUGAAAUAUUUUUACUACAGUUCAGGACUUUGCAAUUUGGUUGUGUGUGGGUUUUUUUGUUUUUCUUGGCAAGCAUACUUAAAGGGAGAUGGGUCCCUUUUUAAAAUGCAGCAGAUCAGCAUUGAGAAGCAUUGUUAUCACUUUGACCAUCUGACUUAGGCUAUGCACUGUCAUACAUUUUAAGCAAAAAACCAACUCUUUCUUAUAUAUAUAUAUAUAUAUACUGUGCUGAAGGUUUGUAAUGUCUGGCUACUGAAACACAUUUCGGUGGCCAGUGAAUUAAUGUUGAAGCUCCUGGCAACUCUCCAGUUAACCUGUCUCUCACUUGAAUAUUGACUAUUUUCUGUGUUAAUUUAUAGCCAAAUAUGCAUUCCCUAUUUAUCAACUAGCAACUGGUUGAAGUGAUCAUUUUGUAAACCUCAUGGCAAUGUUUUUCUGCAUAGAGUAUAGCAUAGGAAGCUUGUACGCUGUAAUUGGAAAUAAUUCCCUUGCUUUUCACACCUUGGUGACUUAUUUAUAUGGGGCUGAAUGUUAUAUUCAUGAUGGGCCUAGUUCUCUUCGAAGUAUUGCUGACAAUAAAGGCUUUUUAUUUUAUAGUUUUCAAGAAUGACAAAAAUAUGCCUCUGAAACAAGACAUGAAAUCACUUGGUAAUUAGAUUUUCUUUCAUUGGGGUUUUGUUUAUUUUUUUAAAAAAAUAAUAAUACCAGCUGUAGUAUUGGUGUGGGUGGUAGCUACAUCCUUAAUGCCAACAGUGUGUCUUGGGGGGUGGGUAUAAAAUACUCAGCUUUGUUGUUAUGGCUGGGGCCAUUUCCAGUUAGAAUAAACGUCUGAUGUAAUGCCGAUACACUGAAAUAGCAUGGAAGUUCUUGGGCUGUAAUUUAUAAUAAUGAUGGUGGAGGUUUUAUCAAGUUUCCUGCCUUGGGUAAAGAGAACUGUGAUUUUACAAAUCUUCCAUCUUGGAAUUCCCAUCUGGUAUUUUGAAUCACGGUGAUAGAGCUUAUUUCUACACCAGCUAAAGGCCCUGUAAUUCCAUGAAGUCCCUCUUAUUUUGUUGCUGCCUUGUAAUUUUUGCUAAGGUGUGGGAUGCUACAUCGCAUGUAUGACUGUGUUAAAGGAAUGUUCACUUGUUCCGCUGUUUAGUAUUAAGCACUAACCCUUGCUAUUUCAAAGAUGGCGAUACAAAACACCCAUUCAGUUAAGUUGCCAGCAGGGCUGUUGAGGAAACGGCAGAAUUCAGUAGAAAAGCUGUUAAUAAUGCUGCUUAUAGUCCUGUGGCUAUCUGGCCACUGUAGAUUCAAUUCUGACACAUGCACAAGCCUCCCAUGCAAAUCUUACAUGAAGGCAGCUUCCUCCCGGUUUGCACAAUCAAUUCAGUAACGUUUUAGACGAUUCAUUCAGAACCUAAGCUUAGUGGGUAGAUGAUAAACCUAAAACGAUUUGGCUUCUAGCAUGCUUAGCUAGUCACUGGGUCUCGCUAGUACAAUAAAUCUCAUACCUGGAAUCUCUUCCAUGCAAACCUCAUAGAAAUAUAUGGAAAUUGUUUGGGAGAGGUUCCUGGGGAAAUGUGCGCCCAUAGUUGCUGAUGACUACUGUGAAAACUUGUUGGCAUUUGUAUGAAGCUUGGCUCUAGAGAAGGCACACUUGUGCAAGCUUUUGAGAUAUACUAGUUUCACAAGUCUAGUUGAAUAUAGUCCAUCUUCACCAACUGAAGCUCUGAUGCCACACAGUUUUAAGCUGUUGUGAAACGGACCACCUGACUUUUAGUGUCAUGGGCUAGCUUUUUGUUCCUGACAGAUGUUUCCUGUUAAAUGACCCGUAGCUGCAUUUAAUCGAGAGCAGAGAGUUGCAAUUCGUGUGGAUAAAGAUCUUUUGUUAUAAGGACAAGGUGAAACAGUGAAAGUGAAAUGGCUCUAAACCUUUCCUCAACUAUGACUAGCUUUUCUUCCUGUUCUUGGCUGUUGGAUGCAAAAGUGCAGGUUUGGGAAAUGUUUGGAGUUUCAGCUUUCAGCGCAAAGUUGAACAGGUCACUGCACCAGAAAUACUGCACUGCAACCCUGCUUAAGAAGAUUCCUGUGUGUUUAGAGCACAGGGUUUCUCCCAAGAGUGCAAAGAUAACUGGAGCUUCCAUUAGCUUACUUAAUUCAUUUAAUUUCAGAGCCAAAUAUGUGAGAUUUCCCCAAGAGGUUUAAACAUGACAGUUGAGAUUUAUUUCCUUUGGUUUUUUUAAAAAUAUCACACACUGAAGCAGCUUUAAUCUGUAAAGUUUUUUGGGUAACUUGAGAGAAAAUAUUUAAAAUGGUAUGAAAGAAAGCUAUGCAUUUUACAGAAAGUUCAAGGGUGUCAUCCCAAUGGUACUUUUAGGGAUCUUUAUAUUCAUGUGUAUAUAAAAUAGUUUGCAUAUACAAAAUAUAAUAUAAUCAGUUUGAAUUAUUCUCAAAUGGGGGAGGCUGUGAACCAUAACUUAUGAAAUAUUGUACACAGGAAUCAGCCCUCACUACGUAAAUGGAUUUGUCAUAUGCAUGAGAAAUGUCUUAUCCUGGUGGCUAUGGAUGAAUGGUUGCAAUUUUGUUAGCUCCAUAAUGUUAGAUCGCCACUCUUAACUGCUUAGCAUUAAAUACCACUUUCAACAAUA